AUGUCAGACAUCGUCCACCCCACGAUCAAGGAUGGCUGGUUCCGAGAAAUAUCCGACAUGUGGCCCGGCCAGGCUAUGACAUUGAAGGUCAAGAAGGUCAUCCAUCAUGAGAAGAGCAAAUACCAGGAUGUGCUUAUCUUCGAGUCCACCGACUAUGGCACCGUUUUGGUCCUGGACAACGUCAUCCAAUGCACCGAGCGAGACGAGUUUGCGUAUCAGGAGAUGAUCACCCAUCUGGCCAUGAACUCGCACCCAAACCCCAAGAAGGUCCUGGUUAUCGGAGGCGGAGACGGUGGGGUGUUACGUGAAGUCAUUAAGCAUGACUGCGUCGAGGAGGCCAUUCUGUGCGACAUCGACGAGGCUGUUAUUCGUCUCUCCAAGCAGUACCUCCCAGGAAUGGCAGUUGGCUUCCAGCACCCCAAGGUUAAGGUGCAUAUCGGAGAUGGUUUCAAAUUCCUCGACGACUACAAGAACGAGUUCGAUGUAAUUAUCACCGACUCUUCGGAUCCAGAGGGACCGGCAGAGAGUCUGUUCCAAAAGCCAUACUUUGAGUUGCUUUUCGGUGCUCUCCGGGAGGGUGGCGUCAUUACCACACAAGGUUCCGAAAACCAAUGGCUCCAUCUGCCACUCAUCACCAAGCUCAAGAAGGACUGCAAAGAGGUCUUCCCUACCGUUGAGUACGCCUACACGACCAUCCCAACCUACCCCUCCGGCCAAAUCGGCUUCAUGGUCUGCUGCAAGGAUGCCAACCGCGAUGUCAGCAAGCCCUUGCGUAGCUGGUCCGCAGAGGAGGAGGAGACAAAAAACAGAUACUAUAACGCCGACAUCCACAAGGCGAGCUUCAUCCUGCCAACCUUUGCGAGGGCCGCUUUGAAAUAA